AUGAAGUGUAUUGCUGUAAUUAUGACUUUGUUAGUUGCUGCUUAUGCAGAAAGAAAGUGCAACCAAAUAUGCCCAACGAUUUGGGCACCAGUUUGUGGUCACGACGGAAAAACAUACGCCAGUGAGUGUAUGUUAAAAGCUAAAUCUUGUCUUAGUCAGAAGCCUAUAGUUCAAGUGUAUGGUGGCGAAUGCAACCUUGAAGGCAAAUGCAACUUUGCUUGCAAUAGAAUGUAUGCUCCUGUUUGUGGUAGUGACAAAAACGUUUACUCAAACGAAUGUGUUAUGAGACAAGCUGCAUGCGAACAAAAGAAAGCUAUUAUAGUUGUUCGAAGCGCGUUUAAAAGUGCCGAUUGUAAAUCUUGUUUAUUCCCAUGUACAAGCGAAUAUAAACCAGUAUGUGGAUCAGAUGGAAAAACCUACGCCACAGAAUGCGUUAUGAGAGGUGCUGCAUGCAAGGACGAAAAAGCUAUUAUUGCUGUUAGCAAUGGACCAUGCAAAGAUAAAUAA